AUGGCGACUCAACAAGAUUUACAGGAGCUUCUGCGGCUGCAGACAGCUCGCAAGAUGCCAAUGAAGGAUGCCAUGGUUCAGAUCAAGGCUCUCCAAAGCGCAGGUCUCAGAAGUGUCCAGCAAAUCGCCGAUGCGCCACUGAAGACAGUCGAAACUGCCAUUAGCGACGCGAAAGCUGCGCGGUCCCUACAGAAUGCCUGCAAGGCACAUCUCAAGCGCAUGCAGGCCUCUCCCACCUCUGCCGGCAAACGCCCUGCGGCCGGGACGGCCACCCAGGAACAGGCAAGCAAGAGGACCAGGCUCUCUGGCGGCGAUGGCUAUAUGCUUGGACCUACCGAUAUGACCCCUGAAGAGCUCGAGUCCUCCCUGUCCCUACCCCUCGACACCGACCAAGACCGAAUCGCCGAGACGGCAAUCCAGACGAACCGUGCUCCUCUAGUACUCGCGUUUGCAGUCGAGCUUUUGCGUCACACAAUGCCUGAACAGCCUCCCUCUAGCAGGCUGUCCCUGGCGCAGGCCGUGGUCAGCGCCAAUUCGCGUUCCAAAGCUGUGAGCAUAGGGCUGGAUAAGGGGCCAAGUGCAGACGAGGAAGGCUGGGGCGAGGGGCAGCCGAGGAUUAGGGUGAUGGGCCGGGAAAUCGCUGUCCUUAAAAGAGGAGGGUACCAAUGGAAGGGUGAGGAGGAGGAGCAGACACAAGAGUCGGGCACAAAGGGCGGCGCCACGGAACCCGAGUCUACCGGGUCAACGUCGACACUGCAGGCUGAAGAUGAUGCCAACCAGGCAACACCAGUACCACCCAAUGCCUGGUCGACAAGCCCAUCAGUCUCCUUGAAGAAAUCGACCUUUAUUGCCCGUGCAACAGCCAUAACCGAACCUUCUCAGCGACCGAAGCUUCUCAAGUCCCUCCUUGACACACACCCGGAGCUUAGGACUGCGUCUCACAACGUCUGGGCCUACCGCAUCCACGCUUCCGAGAAAGCCAUAAGCAAUCACCCCCGCGAAGCCUCCCACGACGACGGCGAGUCAGGCGCCGGAGACCUGCUCCUCCGCAUCCUCCGCGAGACAAACACCAUCGAUACCCUCGUCGUGCUGACGCGGUGGUACGGCGGGAUUAUGCUGGGCCCAGACCGCUGGCGGCUGAUGCGCAACGUGGCCACGUCCGCGCUGUCGGAGCGAUUGCGCAGGACCGGCGUCGAGGCAUCCCUAGGCGGCGAGGCGGUAUGGGGACUCGACCUAGAGGGCAUCAAGACCAAGUCCAAAGCCUCAGCUGCUGCGGGCGGCCUGCUGACCCACCGCCCCGAGGCGGCGCGCAGCUACCUGCUCAAGAGCUUCGCCAGCGCCCCUGCGGAUGCCGGCGGCGAGGACGCCGGGUCGGCUGCCAAGAAGAAGACUAUCAAGGCCGAGAACGCGGAGAAGGAGGAGAACCUCGGGCUGCUACUCGGGGCGCUCCGGCUGCUGUUUGACAGUUGGGCAGACUUCUUGACGGCAGAAGAGCUGGACCGGCGGGCGUGGAGCUGGUAUACUGCCGUCCGGCCAGAGGUGGACUUUGGGCCGUCUGGCUGGGGCGCCAAGGGAACGUUGCGGCUGAAGACCGUACUGGACUUGCGGAGGAAGGCCGCCUGA